AUGGAGUUGCGGGUCGCCAACGCCAACGGCAGCUGCGAGAACGGUUCCAUAGUCAGUCUCUACUGCUCUUCCCAAGAGGUCCUCUGUCAGAUCGUCAGAGGCAUCAGCCCUGAAGAACCCAACAAUGCCACCGUAAUCACCUGGCAGGAGAGGGUCAGGAAGAGGUAUGGCUUCUACAUCGGCGUGGGCCUCGCCUUCCUCUCCUGCCUGCUCAUCGGUGGCAGCGUCAUCCUUAAGAAGAAAGGACUCAUCCGACUUGUGGCCACGGGGGCCACCAGGGCAGUGAAUGGUGGUUAUGGCUACCUGAAGGACCCGAUGUGGUGGGCUGGAUUUGCUACCAUGUCUGCUGGAGAAGUUGCCAACUUUGGCGCCUACGCGUUUGCACCGGCUACAGUUGUCACGCCGCUGGGAGCACUGAGCGUCCUCAUCAGUGCCAUCUUCUCCUCCUAUUGCCUGGGGGAGAGCCUGAAUCUACUGGGGAAGCUGGGCUGUGUGAUCUGCAUGGCUGGCAGCACAGUGAUGGUCAUACAUGCCCCCAAGGAGGAGAAGGUCUCGACUGUUGUGGAGAUGGCUUCCAAGAUGAAAGACACAGGGUUCAUCAUAUUUGCCGUCCUUCUGGUGGUGUCCUGCCUUAUCCUUAUCUUCAUUGUCGCGCCGCGUUAUGGGCAAAGGAAUAUCCUCAUCUACAUUAUCAUCUGCUCUGUGAUCGGAUCCUUCUCCGUGACUGCAGUCAAGGGUCUGGGCGUCACCAUUAGGAACUUCUUCCAGGGCUUACCUGUGGUGCGGCAUCCCCUGCCCUACAUCCUGUCCCUCAUCCUGGGGCUGUCCAUCAUCAUUCAGGUCAACUUCCUCAACCGGGCACUGGAUAUUUUUAACACCUCCCUGGUCUUCCCUAUCUACUAUGUUUUCUUCACCACGGUGGUAGUGGCCUCCUCCAUUGUCCUCUUCAAGGAGUGGUUUACCAUGUCUGCUGUGGACAUUGUGGGUACCCUGUCUGGCUUUGUCACCAUCAUCUUGGGUGUUUUUAUGCUCCAUGCUUUCAAGGAUUUGGACAUCAACCAAAUCAGCUUGCCGCACACGCACAAAAGCACAACUCCCACCCCCGCCCCAGAGCCCACGGUCAUUAAACUAGAAGAUAAGAAUGUCCUUGUAGACAACAUAGAACUUGCCAGCACACCAUCACCGCAACAGAAGCCCAAAGUAUUUAUGAUCCACUCUUAAAGCCUGGAAAUACCUGAGUAAGAGGAGGUGCCCGAUGGUCCAGACUGACCUCUCAAGUUCAAAACCACCAGGUUACUUUCAGCACAUCUGUUGCCAAGGGCUAUCUAUUUUUGAGAUAUUCUUUUAUACCUCACUGCUGUUUCUAGAAGGAAAAAAACCCCUACCCACUAAGGUAGGGGUAGCAAGACUUCCUAGAGAUACAGCCCCGGCGACUAAAUUCACUACUUUCUGUUGGAGCCAGCAAGUCCCCAGAGACUCUUCCCUCUGGUUCCCUCGGCACCAUCUCUGUGUUGUUGGGGAAGAAGAGAGAAUCUGACCUGCUGAAUGUAGCCCAGCUCAAGAACUGCCCUCAGAUACUGGUUGUCAAAAAAUCCUUCACACCAAUUGACCUGUUGAGCUGGACUUAGCCCAAGAAUGAAAUUCGUGAAGGUCUGCAGAGCAACCUGUGUGCCCCAGCAUCCCAAGGUGCACGGCAGGUGCCAGGUAGCCUGAUGUUUCCUGGAGAUAGAAGCAAGACCCCAGCUGACCGUCUUACUGUGAAAGCCACCUGAUGUCUCAGGGAAGUUCCAACGAGUCCAUUCUCCAAGCACUCCAGCCUGGAGGUUGUAUCUUGCUGUCCAUGACCCAAGUGGCACUGUCACCCUUCCCUCUCUCUGUCUGUCCCAAGACACCAGUCACUGUCGCAUGCACACUGUAUCCUUAGAACUCAACAAGAGCAGGGAUGUCUCCUUGCCCAGCUCUGCUGGCCAACCCCGUGUUCACCUAGCCUCUCCUGGGAAUAGAACAGUAUUGUGCGGUCACUCUGGAAUUUAGCAGAAUGUGACUUCUUUGCAUCAAGGAGUGGACCAUAAUAUGACUUGGGGAGGUGGGGGAGAGUAUGAGGAACAAUGCCAAGGUUGGAAGGAUGGGGUUAUGGACUCUCUGGAAACCUGGAAGUAACUUUUGGGCUGACUCUAAGACCCAAGUGAGAACCCAGGCCAAAAAAGGCGGGGGGAAAUUCCUGAGCCAUAGCUCAUGGAAUUGGUUUUGAAUCUCAGUAACCAAGUGGGAGUGUAGGAUUGGUGUACUUUGGUGGCCCAACUGGGCCUGAGUCUAUGUCUGUUGACAAAACUAGCUGCUCACACUGGAAGUAGCCUGCCACGACUCUUCCUCCAUCACUUGCUCUGGGGACCAUCUUUGGUGACCUCAUACUUGGCGUGCACAGACAGCAGUUGAAGAGAGAACUGGGAUCCUUUUCUUCCCAGCUGCUUCCAGCUGUGAAAGGAGGGACCACAAGAAGGUGAAGUCAGAAGCCAGUGUUUGGGAAAAAGUGGGAUUUGAUCCUCAGUGCAGAUAGGGUCCUGGUCAAGCUCCCUGCCUGUUUGCCUGAUGCCCUAAGGGCGACCACACCCAUGUCAAACCCUUUCUAGCUUUGAACAAGUUCUUAGGGCAGAUCAGCACUCUGGGCCCCUGUUCCUUCCAUCUCCAAAUCCCCAGUGUUUUAAUGAAUGUGGAUUUCUGACUGUAACUGAGAUCCAAGCAACACAUUGGAUCUCGGGGAUGGCAGUCAGCUGAGGGUUCUGAGAGCCUGGGCUCUGGGGUCAAGAAUAAAGACUUCAG